UUCACGUGUUUCGUUCUCGGCGUUGCAGUAAUCGGUGUAAUUUCGCAUAAAAUUAGAAUGUCCGACGAUGAAGAGCUACAAGACAUGGUUGCUAGCUAUAUUAGCAAUGUGCGAGCGAAAUUCGAAAUGAAUUCCAAGUCGGCUGAACCAUCGGAGUCUUCCGGCGACGAGGAGGCCGCAGAACCGGAAGAGGACAUGAAGAAGGAGGUCGAAAGUGAUGCAGAAAGUGCUCCAUCGGAUGAGGACAAACCUGUUCCCCCGAUGGAUGGGAAAAGGAGAAAGGUUAAGAAAGCGGAUAGCUUCGAUGAGGCCGAAAAAAAGGAGAUGAAACAGCUGGACAACGAUGAGCAGGAGGCAGAUCUGACGAAAGCAUUCAACGAGCUGGAGGAGAGCGACAUCCAGAAACCGAAAACGGCUAAAGAGCGAGCGCUGAUGUCCAUCGUGUUCGGUGGCAAGUCAGAAUUCGUUUCCCAGCUCUCCGAACAAGCCACCGAAAGGACAGUCAAACGGAAACGCAAGCACCCGCAGCAGGCGAUCGCGGAAGCGCAAUCGAGCGACGAGGAAGACACUAAACCCGUCGAACGAUCGGCCAUAUGGCAGGAUUCGGACGAUGAAAACGAUGACGACGUGAACGAUCCUCAGGUGAAGCGAAACAAGCACAUCCGUGACCUGGGCAAGCUGUCGUACGAACGGAGAAGGAAAAAGUUCGAGCAAAUCGUCGGCAAUCCAAAGUGGGCCGAUCUUGACCGCGUACAGGAACCGGAUUCGGAUGAGGAGAUCCUGCAGACGGUGGGCCACGUCGUGAAGAGUCAGAAGUCAACGGGCGACCUGCCGAAGGAGAUGAUCGAGAUGAAGGUACUGCGAAGAUUGAACCGAGAAACGAAAAACGAAGGCGAGAUCCUAUCGAUCUGCUUCCAUCCGACAUCAAUGGUGGCGAUGAUUGCCGGAAAAGCUGGCUUGGUAUCGAUUGUGACGGUCGAUGGCGAACGUAACGAGAAACUGCACACGAUCGGUUUGCCCAAGUUCAAGCUGGUCUGCGCCCAGUUGACCCCCGACGGUAAUGAGGCGAUAUUUGGCAGCUACCGAAGGUUUUACCACGUGUACAACCUGAUCAGCGGCCAGAGCCAUACACUACCAAUCCCUUACCAGGAGAACUGGUCGAUGCGUAACUUCCGCAUCUCGCCUUCUGGCCAGUAUCUGGCCUCGGUCGGUUUGUGUGGCGAGGUGCAUCUUCUUAGUGCGAAAACAAAGGAACUGCUGCGUACGAUCCAGCUGCGGUACUAUUGCUCGGCACUCGCUUUUACGCCCGAUUCCCGGUACCUAUUCUGUCACACCAACGAUACCGAGGUGUACGUUUACUCGCUCGAGAAAUGGAGCAUCGUGAACGUGUUCCACGAUGAAGGUUGCGUCAACGGUUCAUCGAUAGCACUCUGUCCCAAUGGGCAGUACGUGGCCACGGGCAAUAAACAGGGCAUUGUAAACAUCUAUCAGCUGGAUGUGACGCUACAGAAAAAGUUUCCGGUACCGCUGAAGACGAUCGAUAACCUAACGACUGCCAUCGGAAGCGUUACAUUCAAUGCAACCUCGGAACUGUUGGCCAUUGCAUCACCGGUGGUACAGAACGGGAUACGGCUGGUUCACGUUCGCAGUGGAACGGUUUUCAGAAAUUUCCCGCUACAAAACUCAUCCCUGGGAUACGUGACGACCGUUGAGUUCUCGCCCUCCGGCGGUUAUUUGGCAAUCGGUAAUAAGAAGAGCUUUGUAUCGCUGUUUAGAGUUAAGCACUAUCAGAACUACUGAUAAAACGAGAGAGAGAG